AAGAAAUAAAAAAGGAAUUACAAGAAACAAAGACACAAUUUGAAAACUACAAACAAACAACAAAGGCUGAGCUGGAAGCAAAGGAUGUCGAGAUUGCCAAAUUAAUUAAAUUGAACUUAUUCUUGCAAACAACCUUACCGGAAAAGAUCGAAGAAACCGCAAGAUCUUCUAAAGCAAACAAAGCCGCUGAGCCUAUUGCGGAAUGGAAGGACGAAGUGAUUUCUACAGUGGCGAAGCUUAAUCUGAACCCAAAACAAGUAAGGGAACUGAAAAGCAAAUACAAGUCCUCACUACUCGCAAGAGCUUGCCUUACCUUUUGCUUCCCUAGUGAAGUAUUGGCAAAAUCGGUUGUGAAAGGAGGGAAUCAACAACUAUCCAAAGACGACCCGAAAUUGGACGAAGACAAAGUAGACGAUAUAUGCGAAUUUGUCAUGGCCCGCUUUCCGGAGUCUGAGCGGAAAAACAUCUUAAACACCCUUGGGUAUAAAGUUCGAGAUCUGAAGCGGAAGGCCAGCGCAUUGGAGAAAUCAACGGAUGCUGAAACCGAAUAACUGAAAUAUUUGUAUGUUAAAUAUCGUAAUCAAACGAAUAUCAAAAUGUCAUUAAAAAUACAAAUACA